UCCAUUUUUGUUUUUGGUUUGGUGAGUGCGGGACGGAAACACGUCUGAAUAAGAUUCAUUUUUGUGCUUUCCAAUUUGUUGUUGAUAUUUUAAAUCAACACUUAUAUAUUCUAUAAUACUUGUAGGUUAAGGUGGAAUCAAAAUCAACUUCUUAACAAGAUGAGUGAUAUUGAACCAGCUAAGAUGAAAGUCGCAGAGCUUCGUGCUGAAUUGCAGUCGCGUGGUCUGGAUAGCAAGGGAGUCAAAGCUGUCCUUGUCCAGCGCUUGAACGACUCGCUUAGCGAAGAGAGUCAAGAAAACGAACCCGAUGGAGGUGAACCUGAAAUUGCCGAGGAAGCUACUGAAGAUGAGCCUCCUUUGGAAGCCGAGGUUGAUCAGGAGGAAGAUGAAGAAGUCGGCGAAGAAGAGCCACUACCAGAAGAAGAAGAAGCUGCUGCUGCAGAGAAUGGAGAUGAUGCUGUUGAACAGGAACCAGAACCAAUGGAAGAGCAAGCUUCAGAAGUAAAAGAGGAAGAAGCCACGGCAGAUGAUGCUGAAGUUAAAGAUGAUGCUGAAGUUAAAGAUGAUACUGAAGUUAAAGAAGAUACUGAAGUUAAAGAAGAGGGCGAUGAUACAACCACAAAAGUAGAAGAAAAGAAAGAAGGUGAUGAUGUGGAAAUGAAGGAGCCAGUAUCUGCUGAUGGUGAAAAACCUGCAGAAGGCGAGAACAAAGAAGAAUCAAAAGGCAUAAAGAGAGAGCGAGAUGGUGAGGAUAUCCAUCGAGGAGGUCGACGAGACAGAUCCGACCGAAGAAGAAGGUCUCGAUCAAGAACACCACCUCCACCACCACCAGAAGAGGAAGAUGAUGGCAUCCCAGAAACUGAAUGUGUAACAAGCAAAUAUAUAUCAGAUUUAAAUUUAAAGAUAGCAAAGGAUGGUUACUCCUUUUUCCCAUUGACAAAUGAAGGUUUUGCCUACCUAUGGGCAGGUGCCAAAGCAACUCAUGGUGUAACAAAGGGCAAAGUCUUUUUUGAAGUCAAGUUGACAGAGCAUUUGGAUGUAAAACAUUUGCCACCUGAAGAGACGAGCAGGAAUGUAGCUCGAAUUGGAUGGUCGAUAGACAACACAUCCCUUCAACUAGGCGAGGAGGCAUUCUCCUAUGGAUAUGGUGGUACAGCAAAAAUCUCCACAAAGUGCAAGUUCACAAAUUAUGGUGAGACGUUCGGAGAAGGAGAUGUGAUUGGUACUUGCCUGGAUUUUACUGGCGAGAAGCCAACUAUUUCAUACACCAAAAAUGGAACCGACCUUGGGGUAGCCUUCACUAUUGAAGAUGACCUUGGUGAGCAGGCCCUGUUCCCCAGUAUCUUGGUAAAGAACACAGCUGCAGAAAUCAACUAUGGCCAGAAGGAGGAACCAUUCUUCACACCACCUGAAGGUAGCACUUUCAUUGGUCAGUUAGAUCUAGAAGACCGAGUGCGAGGACCCCUUCCACCUGCUACAAGGAAAGAUUGCGAGAUUAUGAUGAUGUGUGGACUUCCAGCAGCUGGUAAAACAUACUGGGCUUUGAAUUAUUGUAAAGAACACCCAGAGAAAAAGUACUAUGUUCUUGGAACUAACCUUAUAAUGGAAAAAAUGAAGGUGAUGGGAUUGCCACGAAAGAAGAACUACACCGGUCGAUGGGAUGUACUGAUUCAGACAGCCACCAAGUGCUUAAACAGGUGGUUUGAAAUUGCUCCACGCAAGCGGCGUAACUACAUCCUGGAUCAGACCAAUGUGUAUGCUUCAGCUCAAAGAAGAAAAAUGCGCCCUUUUGAGGGGUUCACCCGCAAAGCUAUCGUAAUUGUCCCUACUGAAGAGAUACUUAAAGAGAGAACUGAAAAGCGAACAAAAGAAGAAGGAAAGGAAAUUCCAGAAAGCGCUGUGAAUGAAAUGAAAGCAAAUUUUGUGUUGCCUACCGAGGAAAAGUCCGGUUUCGAAGAGGUAACAUUUGUUGAGUUAGAAAAAGAGGAAGCUCAAAAGCUUGUUGAGAAGUAUAACAAGGAAGGGCGUGCUGCUCUGCCACCACCAGAGAAGCGAUUCCGAGGCGGUGAUCGUGAUCGCGGACACAACAGAAACCAAGGUGGCUACAACCGUUAUGGAGGGGGAGGUCAGCGUGGUGGGUACAGAGAUGAUCGUAGAGGAGGUUAUGGGGGUGGUGGUCGUGGUGGUGGAUACCGACAAGGUGGAGGAGGAGGGGGAGGAGGAUAUAGAGACAACAGAGAUAGACGAGGAGGAAUGAGAGGCGGAUAUGGAAAUAGAGGAGGGUACGGCGGAGGUGGUGGAUACGGUGGUGGAGGAUACGGUGGCGGUGGAGGGUAUGGUGGUGGUGGAAGUGGAGGAUACGGUGGCGGCGGUGGAGGCUACCGUGGACCUCAUGGCAACCGAGGUAGUAGCGGAGGAAGUGGUGGUGGCUACCGUGGAGGUAGUGGUGGUGGUGGCAGCUCAGGCCGUGGAAGUAGUUACGGUGGCAAUCGCAAUCAGUCAAGUUAUGGUGGAAGUGGUGGCUACAAUAAGCGAGACUCUGGAAGCCAACGUUAUAAUCAGCAUCAGUCCAGCUAUGGCAGCUCAAGCUAUGGAUCGGGAAGUAGUGGAGGCGGUUACAACAGCGGAAGCUACAACCAGGGCGGAAGCAGCGGUUAUGGUGGAAGCAGCAGCAGUGGUGGUAGCGGCAGCUACGACUCGUACAACCAGUCAAACUAUGCCCAACAAUAUCAGCAGUACGCCCAACAGUACCAGCAAUAUCAACAAUAUUAUCAACAGAAUCCUCAAUAUGCACAGCAGUAUGCCCAAUAUUACGGCAACUACAAUAACUACAACCAGGGCGGUUCCUCAUAAAUUUGCCAGUGUGGCGGUGUUGGUGUUUUUUUUAUAAAAAUUUCUGAUCAUGAUGGCGAUUGAGGUUAACUACUGGACAUGAUAUUGUAAGAAAAUUAGUUGGAAUAUCGUUCACUUGAUCAUGUUCUCAGAUAAAUGUUCAUUUGUAAAUACUAGCUGAAAAGUGUAAUGCCCUGUUAAAUUUUUUUCUACCCCAAAUUAUUACCCUAUGAUGUUUGUUAUAUACAGUAAUUCUUUCCCUCCCCAUUUGAAAUUUUAUCCAACUCCUCAAAGUUUGUUUGAAGUAUAUAUCACUAAAUCCCUCUACUGAGAUUUUUUUCAUACUUGGGCUUAAUAUCUUUAAUGUAUUAUUAAGUGUUUAAACAUAGACUAGAACUAUAAUAAUGUGAUGAAUUUUGUAAACUAGUUUUUAACUGUUUUUGUGUAAUUAAUGUGAGAAUUUUGGUUUAUCUGUUUUUAUCUUGUUUUCUCAAGUUUUACAAAGGGUUGCAGCAUUUGUAUAUGCGGUCUUAAUUUGUUUUAGAUAUUGAAUUACACUUUCUCUUGCAUUUAUGCAUUAAUUGAAUGAAUGGCUCAGGAUAAUGAAAAAAUGAUUUAGUAUUUUGUUAUUAAAAUUAGAAGGAAAGUAACCCACUUUGAAAUAAACAGUUUUCACACAUAUCAAAAUUGA